UGGCCUCUGCUCCUCCUGCCGCCUCCCUCCCUCCGCACGGCUGGCAUCACAGGCCCUGGUCACACAUUCAGCUCCAGGACAAUGGCCGCUCUGCACACGCUGCGGAUGGGACUGGUCCUGCUGGGGGUCCUGGGGGUCCUGCAGACGGGGGCUCAGCCCCAGGUCUCCCUGCAGCCCAACUUCCAACAGGACAAGUUCCUGGGGCGCUGGUACACCUCGGGCCUCGCCUCCAACUCGAGCUGGUUCCGGGAGAAGAAGAGCGCGCUGUCCAUGUGCGUGUCCGUGGUGGCCCCGACUGCAGACGGAGGCCUCAACCUCACCUCCACCUUCCUCAGGAAAGAGCAGUGUGAGACGCGGACCCUGCUGCUGCAGCCGGCAGGAACCCCGGGCUGCUACAGCUACACCAGCCCCCACUGGGGCAGCACCCACGACGUGUGGGUGGUGACGACAGACUAUGACGAGUUUGCGCUUCUCUACACCGCGGGCACCAAAGGCCUCGGCCGGGACUUCCACAUGGCCACCCUCUACAGCCGCACCCAGACCCCAAGGGCCGAGAUAAAGGAGAAAUUUAGCACCUUUGCCAAGACCCAGGGCUUCACAGAGGACACCAUUGUGUUCCUGCCGCAGACCGAUAAAUGCAUGGAGGAGCACAAGUAGGUGACCCCGGCCCUCAGGACCCAGCCAUCUGCCCUGCUCUGCUCUCUCCUCCAAGACCCCGAAGCCCCCAGCCCUGGCUCGUCCCUGCCCCCACCUUUGCCCCCUCAGGCGUCCUCCUGGCUCUGAGAAUAAACUCCAGAAGCAAAUCA